GGUAUGCAUAAAUACCUUCUAUGACCUCUUCUAGAUACCCGGCCGAGAAGAUAUCUACUCACAUACAUAUAUAUCUCGUGCGAAAGACAAGGACAUAAACUCUUUUUCCUUCGAAUCAAACCGCAUUUCCCCUAGACGACCUUUCUCUCUGUACUUCGUCCAUUUCGAGAGAUUCUUUUUCGAAUCGGAGAUAAAUAGAACCCCGAUUGGAAUUUACGUCGUCGGUAGUGUCGGCCUCGGCAUCAACUCGUACCUGAUAUACGAAGAACGAAACAUCCUUUUCACAGAAAGAAGAUUAUAGACACAAUGUGCCACUCGGCUACCUGCAGCAACUGCCACAAAGCCACAUGGUGGGGCUGCGGCAACCACAUCUCCAGCGUCAUGACCAACAUCCCCAGGGAGGAGUGGUGCACGUGCGAGCCCCGGGUCGAGAAGGGCGGCGAGGCGUAUCCGCCCAUGGGGAGUUUGCGGAGCUGACUAGCCGGUUUGUUUGGUAAGGGGAGGUGAGUGUGAGUGGAGAUUGUAUUGUAGGAGUGGGAGUUCGGGACACAAGAUACACUCUGACAGGUAGAGGGGAGAGGAUGAGAAGAGGAGGGGAAAGGGGAUCGAGGUCGAUGAUGGGAUGGAUGUGUUGGGGAUUGGGGGUAAGGAAUGGGUUUGGGUAUGGAGUUUGGGUACGAUUCGAUGUGGGUUGGUGGGAAUACCGAUCAAUGGUGGUGCUUCUUCCUUUGCUUUUGAUAGAUGCAACUUGAAUGCGUUCUCACUUUAUUCUUUAUCCUCUUCAAUCUAUCCCAUCGGUAUCCACG